AUGGUGAUCGGAGUCGCAAUGAUGGCCGCAAUGGUCCCCACUGUCUACGGCCUGAACGAAGCAAGCAAAGGAGCCCAGAAUUCCGAGAACAAGCGACGGGAGACAACGCGCAAGACACGAUGCCAUCUAACCGCGCAAUGUGAUUUCGACACGGGCACCUUGAAACAACGACAGGAGGUCCACAAUGCCAGGAUCUACUUGGACUCUGACAACCAGAUGUACAUCACGAAGAACCCGACCCCCUCCAUGGCCCCGUUCAACGGCUUCUUCUACCAGAGCCCGGAUUUCGAACAAGGCAAUCUGUCCGGUCUAGUGACGGUCAGUGGAGAGGAGCCGCCUCAGCUGCGAUGGGUGUUCCUUGACCCCAAGACGCACGAUCUGAGAUGGGGAGGACGCGAAGAACGCGAGGGCGGGAUUAGCGGUCCCUUUGAUCUAACAGAGGACGAAGAGUAUAUCACGCUGAAUGGAACGCAACGGUGGAUGGCGGUGCGAUCAAAGCACGCAGGAGCUUCGACCGGGUUAUGGCGACUGCAUUUCGAUUGGAGUGAAACGGAGGGGGGAAGGUUGCCAGAUGGCGCCGAGAAGCUGCUCAUUUUCUUAAAGAGAUCUCCCUCGGAUUCUUAG